GCGUAAGAAUUACAUCUAAAAAAAUUAUUUGGCACACUUUUUUAAAAGUGUGAAGGUGGAUAUUCAAAAUGUAGAACAAAAGUUUACUACUUUUACAAGAUCGUCAUCAAAUUUUGCCAAGUAAACUUCCGCCCCUAGUAGAAGGAAAAUGUUAACGUUCGGUAACAAGAUCGGGAUAUACGAGUGGUUUCAACAAAUUCAAGGAUGGAAUCGAAUGGAUUUUUUAUGUAAUUUAAUUCACCUUUGCAAUCCUUUUGAAUUGAGAUUUAUCGGAUCAUGCAUAGAAGAUAUAGCACAAAUGGAUUACAAUUGCUUGAGAGAUCAGGAAGGUAAAGCUAACAGUGCAGAGCAUCUCGAACAUUUUAUCAACAAAUGUUCAUCUGUUGAUGAAUUCAGAAGUCAUAUUUCUGUUUGUAUUUCUCUGCUGCGAUCUUCAAACUAUAAAGUUGCCAGCAAACUUGCAGAACUUCUUGAUGACAAACUGGACGGUUUGAACCUCGAGCAUCUGAUGCAAGCUGGCUUAGAUGCUGAAGUUGAACAAUGGUUAUUGAUGCUAACUCUCGCAUCUUAUCAUCCUGCUUUCAGUUUUGAAAAGAAACUCAACUUCAAACGCAAACUGUCAGAAUAUGAGAGAUUAAACAAGAGAGAAAGAAAGGGUUCUAGAUUGUAUAGAGGCCAUCGAUAUCCUCAAUCUCAGCAUUCUGCAUCAAAGUACAAUGACUGUGAAGAAUCUAAUUGGAGGACAGAUUUUAAUCCUUCCGCUAUCCAGCCUUUCCAUCAACAUUAUCCUAAUAUGCAUCAUCAUAGAAGCUACGGCCACGGUGGUUACUCAAACUUUCAGCCAGAGGCUUUCGGCCCUGGUAACGGACCACAAGGGGUAUUUCAAGAAGGCUUUUCGAGGUCGUCAAACUUUAUGCAACGGCCGACAAACUUUCCAAAUAAUUUGAUGCAACCGUCCGGGAUGGGGGAUACAAACUUUUACGAAAAACAAAUGGAUUAUAAAAUGCCGCCCCCGCCACAACAUUUAGUAAACUUUCCUCCAAAGCCGGACUUUAUGUCUACGGGAUUUACUAGACCUCCCAGGCAAGAAAGGAGGCUGCCUCAUGCCGGUAGACCUACUCAAGUUUCUCCAACUUUAUGGAAUGAACCCACUAAUAACAUACGGAAUUCUAUACCUGCGCAAUCAUCUAUAUUUCCGUUGAGUACGGUGUGCAAUAUUGCCGAACAAAACACCACUGUUUCAACUGUACAAUGUUCAAAUGCUGCUUCUGCCAAUUCUCUGCAAGUAUCAACAAAUGUUGUUUACCAAGCUCAACCACGAUCCACUGCUCAAACAACAAACUCCAGUGACAUUUCAACAAGCUCAGCAAAACGACAUUUUAUCACAAUUCCAAUCUCCGAGAAACCAGACAAUCAGUCUGAAACUGUUUCAAAUAGAACUCGAUAUGAGACACAAAAAUCCUCACUACAUAAUAAAAACAAUUUUAUGCCAAACCAUCCAACUCAGAGGCAUACGGAAUAUAUCAAAUUACCACCUAAGAAAAGCUACAGUGGGAACAUCGAUUUUUCACGCAAAAUCCAAUCUUCUGUUACUGCACCAGCGCUGUCCAUCAAUGAACAAGAGAAAGAUGUGCCACCAGAAUCUUUUCCAAACUCAAAUGAAGCAAGUUUUGUUGGUUCAAAAACUGAAAGUGUCGGAAGCCUUUUUCAACUUGAGUCUGAAGAGGAACUAAGGCCAGUAAAAGUGUCUGUAAAAAUACCUCAAAAGAGCAAGAAAGAAGAUGCAAGGAUGAGAAAUGCAGCUUGCUUCAAUUUAAAAGUUGAUUGGAGCGAUGGAACAACCACUGAUUGUGAAAAAAAUGUUGAUGAAAUGAUCAGCUUCUAUAAACAGAUGGUUGGAAAACUUGGCAAAUCCAGUUCAAAUACUGAAUUUUUAAUGAAACACAACAACAAAAUAGUUGAAAGAAGGAAAGAAUUGGAAGCAGUUUUCAGUGAGAUUUUAACAUCUUCGUCCUCGAAUAUUGCCGAUGUCGUUUCGUUCUUCAAAAUGCCAAGUAAUAAUUUUAUACAAGCAACAUCAACUCUACCAUUGAAAAAAAGAAAAAUGAAAUCAGGGCCAAAAUAUGUGGGAGGGAUUGCAGAAGGCAGCAGUAGUGCCAGUAGUUCAUCGUCUUCCACAGCAUCUCCUCCUCUGUCUCACAAUUCAAGAUCUCAACUACUUCCUGCACCAACAGCAAAUCGUCCUGAAAUGUCAAUUUCACCGCUUUCAAAUAAUGGAGGGAAAUCUGCCAGCUCUGUAUUAUCAUCUCCCGCAUCACUGGCUACAUCAACAACAACAACAUCAUAUAUUGACGAUGAUGAUGACGAUGAAUAUGCAACCAGUGGAGACAGCAGUGAUCCAAGGAAUGAUCCUUAUUUAAAGUUAUACUACUGGCUUCAUGACCGAAGUCUAUCGCAUCUCUAUACUCAUUUAAAGAAACAUACUUUUCAACAGUUCUGUAAACUGAGGAAAUCUCAAAUUGAAUCUAUAACCAGUAUUGGAACAGAGGAAAAAGCAAUUCUCAACCAACAUCUUGCUAAUAUGACUGGCAAUAAGAGCGAUACUCUGCCACUCGAAAUAGAUAUGGGAAUGUUGAGCUUAGCCACAGCAUCCUCAUCAAAUAGUGAGAUGAAUUUAUCUUCUGCCAAUACUCUCAUCAAAUCUGACUAUCAAAAGAAGUCUCUUGAUAUCAAGUCAAUAUUAGAUGAAAUAUCGAGAAACAGGUCAGAGGAUGAAAAAUCCGGAUCAACAAGUCAUUCUGUUCCUUUUGAAAUUCCGAGCUCGAGUAACGACGGAGAUCAAGUGGCUGCCAGUAAUUCAUGUUUCUCUUUCGAAUUCGACUCAACCGCUGCAACCGUAGAAACGACACCUCGUUCGUCAAAACCAGCAUCUGAAAAUGAAGCAGAUAUCAUCACAAAGGAUGCUCCGUUUCAAUCUCAUUUAGGAAAUAACCGUCCUAUUGAACCAGGAAGGGCGUGGAGUCAAACUGAUAUUUCUCCAAAUGAUUGUCCGCAAACAUCCAAUGCGCAACUGUAUUUUACAUCAAAGUCCGCUCCUCCUUUUCCACAAAUGACCUAUUAUGCCAAAAUCGUCCGUCCGGAAACUUUUCCAAUCAACCCAGUUGUGCCAAUAUUGGGGUGUUAUCAUCAACCACAGACUGUUACCAGCAGACCAUUGCAUAUACCCCACACUGGUACCACUCCUGUUCCAACACCUGUCCCAGAUCCAAUUCAAAGUGGCGCAAUAACACUACCCCCGUCCACAAUGGGAGUAAGACCUCCACAAUAUGCAUAUACAGUUUCCACAGGCGUCCCACCUAUGACAAGUGAGCCAGCGAUAAUGUACACAGUGCCUUAUUAUUCUGUGUAUACCAUGACAUCACCGAACUCUGCAGCACAAAACACAUUACAGCCACGAGAGAAUGAAUCAAAUAAACACUUGACAUCGUCAUCCUCUAGUGAUCAGGAUUCUGCCCCAAAAGACUUACCACUUAUCUCUGCUGAAACUGUGGUGGCAAAUCGUCCUGGUGUCGGCCACACUAGUUUUUACUAUAAUCCCGCCCCGCCUGCUUAUAUUUCAGGCUCGUUUUCAUCUGUACCACCUCAACAGAACCAAUUUGAUUUUGUUCAAACCAACAAUAACAUUUUGCAGCAGAAUAAUAAUUAUAGUUUGCCAAAUGGAUAUGCAGAACCCAGUCCUAGUGUUCCUCUUAGCCCACCUAGCACAUUAAGUGGAAAUAGAGGAACACUGCCUGCAGAGUCUAGCACGGAUGUACAUAAGAAAAUUCCGUCGACAUCAUGUUACAAUUGUGGGAGACAUGGACAUGAAGCUGCUGCAUGUACCAAACCUAUUGCUGCAGAAGUACUUGAUUUUCAGCUAAAGAUGUCACAGCCUUGAUAAACGACCUCAAGACGUUUACUAGAACAAUUAUAAAAAAAAAUUAAGAUCAAAACUAUGUGCCGAUGAAAGAUUUUACCAUUUUAAGUGCCAAAAUGUGUAAAUAUGAUCACACUGGUCAGCCUGAAAGUGUUUCUGAUAAUACACACCAUGAUACCAGUAUAUGAAUUAUAUCAACAAUAACAUAAGCAGGUCAUCAAAUAAAGAAGCAUUUUGUUUUUUCUGCCUCUGACAGAAUUUUAGUCCAAUUUUAUUGUUAUGUUCCUAUGGUCGUGAGAGUUUCGAACCCGUAUUUUUCAGCUUCGUAAUGACCAAUUUUAUUAUAACAUAAUGGACACAAGCCACUGUGCCUUCUUUGCCGCAAUGAUGCGAAUGCCGUUUAAUGCUGACUCAUUUUACCUGGUUGUCAGCUUUUUAAAUUUGAAGAACACUUAUUUCCACUAUUUGUUUCAUGGCGUUCUAUUAUUUAAUGGUUUACUGUUUAGAGAAUACAAGGCAGUUUUUUUACUGAUAUAUACAAUGUAAUUGCCCUGUUGGGUACAUAGACGUACAACAUUGAUACAUAGAACCGACUCUCUAGUUCAUACUUCCACAUUCGGAUGGUUGCUAAAACAUUUGCCAAACAAUUAUGAUAAUUUUGGUGCUGCGAAAUGAUUUAAAAAUUUAGAAACAUAAUUUUUAAAUUUUCAAAAGAAAUAUUUGGUUAUUAGCCAAAUGCCAAAUGUAUACCAUUACUCAAACUGUUUUCCUGUUUGUCUGUUUUCAUUCUCACAAUAACAAAUAUUGCUGCAUACUUUGUUUCGUUAAUACUCGUUGCAAGAUUACUUAAGGUGUCUUUUUUUUCUUGAGAUUUGAAUAAAAUGCUGAAUUGUAAUAAAGUAUUCAGACUAAAUGAAAGCUGAAAGCUAUUUACUGAAAAAAAGUGAAAAUUUUGUGUUAUUUUCCAAUCUAUUCCUAUGCACGAGGAAUAAAAGCCAUUAUUGGGGCUUUGUGCAACAGUUUUAUUUUCAGUGAUAAAAUUUCAGCCUGCUCAGGUAUUUGAAAGCUUGGUUAACUAUUUCCAACACCUAAUAGGAUAGACAUUCUAUGUAAAGACUAUGUUUUGUCAUUGGAAUAAGCUUCCUUUCCAUUUCUUAUUCCUCAAUGCAAUUAUCUUAUUCUCCAUAUCAUUGAAUUGAAAUUGAAAAAAUGCUCUUGGAAUUAGUCACAUUUUUUAGGAAGGGAAAAUAUAUAACGAAUUUUUUUCGUAUUUCAAGUUUUAAUUUUUUUGAAACAAUGGUAUUUUGAAGCAUCCAUGGAUUCUAACAAAUAGAACUUGAUAUUUUCUCCAUCUCCACUUUUCAUGACUUACAAAGCAUAAUAACAAUUAGUUGGAUUAAACAAAGUGUUUGAACUGAAACUGUACCUCGAUUGUACCACUUGGUGUAUUAAUAACUAAAGAGUUUCAAUUACUAUAUAUAAAAUGAUUUGACACGUACCACCUAGCUCUCUAUCUGCAGCAUUCAUACAUUGUUAGUGCCAUAGGUCUGAAUAUUUUAUUUGCUGCUAUACCUCUGCAGUCACCUCAGAUGCAAUUUUGGAAUUUGAAAAAGACGAAUUUAUUUCAUCAUAACACAAUUGAUCAUUAAGGACAAAUGAACAAACAUUUCAAUAGUAUUUACAUUGUAGUUUUUCUAAUAAAUAAUUCUAGUGAGUAAAAUUUAAUUUGUAACAAGCACUGCCUUGCUAUUCUUUUGCAUGAUUACUAUUUAGAAGGUGUGUUUCAGAGUCACCACUCACCACUAACAAACUCCUAGAAGCUGAUUCAAUAUUAUGUUCCAAAAUUGCUUUAUCAAACUUUUCAUUGAAAUUGUGAUUUUUUGUAUAUGGAAAUUUGGAAAAGAUAUUAUGGUUGAAAUAUAGAAAAAUUAUCCCUGAGCAUUUCAAUUUUAUUAUAAUUAUAGAAUUAGAAAAAUAUUUGUGAAAAUGACCUUCGAUUUAUGGCUCUUAUGGUAAUAGCUAGCGUAAAUACAUAAAUCAACGUAACGGAUUACCAUGCAAUAGAAUCAAUAUUAAUCACCCAUUUGGGUAGUAAACAGGUAUUGCUGAACUCUUUUCUGUAUUAUUUUUAGUUUGUUUUUAAUAUUUUAUCUGUAUUGACAUUUUAUUUCACGACAGUAAACGCUGUGUGAAAUAAGAUUGCUGUCCAUGACAAUCAUCUUUUAUGUAAUUUCCCCACAUUCAUGUUAGAGAUAUUGAGCAUUUUUAUGAUAUAAAUUUGCAAUUAUUAUCGAUUUCCAUCAUCCAUUGUUUGAAAAUUCUAUUUUGAAAUUUUGCUAGUUUCAUCAAAUUGCGUUAUUGGGUGUAUGUCUAUUUUCUGGUGAACUUGUUUGGUUUUCAAUUUCAAUGAAUAUUUAAUAUACCUUGGUGUUUUUUGUGAAAUUAUAUUUUUUUGAACUUAACAUAUAUUUUUGUUCAUUUUUGAAAAACAAUAAAAAAAAUCUGACUGAACAAUUUUGUGACAAAAUUCCUCAGGAACGUUUAGGAUCAUAAUAUUUUGAGCAAUUUUUGACGAAAUAAAUAUUUUUUCGAAAUGUUUUAAAUUCAUUGUUCAUUUUUUGUUUACAAAUUUUUCUAUAUUUAUUUUAUUUGCUAUUUUUGUUAGCAUGGUGCCACAACAUUGACUUAGGUAAUAUUUUCUGUGUCAAUAACGUAUCCAAUAGCGAAAAAUAAGUAUUUGUGCCAUAUCUUGUAAUCUUUUCUAAUACCACCGCUGCUAAUUUGCUUAAUUGCAAUAUAAGUCGAGCAUGGAAAAAAUUAUAUUUUGCUACCGAUAAAGAAGAUAAAAAUAAUAGUUCUAAAUUGUAUGUGGAUUAUGCCUAGGAAAGUGCCUUUUUUCUGCUCGAACCACGCUUAGUACUUUCUAUCCAAUAAACUGCCGAACUAAUAUUAUAAAGCCCUGGCUCAAAACAAUUGAGUUACUCUCAAUUUACUUUUUUCUCACUGUGUUUUUGCCAUUGAAAUGUUCCAAAGUUCCUGUUUUUUACCUACAGUUUUGUUGUAUUGAUUGACAUUACCGUGAUUUCUGAGAGUAUACAAAGUAGGAGAUAACACGCCCAUUAUAAUACAAUAAUAAUUGCCUUUUAAUGCAAUGCUUGGUAUAUGGCUUAUGCUCUCUAUUACACAAUGGGCCAAUAUUACCUGCAGGAGAACAGUAUUUAUAUAUCUUUGUCAUUUUCCAUCAACAUUUAAAUCAAAUUAAUUUCGUUAGUGAUAUUCAGACAUAAUUAACUUGUGUCUAUUGCAGUGGUUUUCAACUGGGCCAGUACAGUCAAGGGUUUGCGUGUUUUCAUUAAAAUUUAUGUUUAUUGUUCAAAUAUAAUCAAAUACCUAUUACUAUUAAACAUGCUACAUAUCGAAGAUAAUUUUUUUCAAUAUUAUCAAUCGUUUAUACAAUUCAACAAUAAAAGACAAUUAAACUAUUGUAUUUUAAAAACCACUCGUGCAUAGUAUGCGAUAGACUUGUCUGCAAAAGUUAUUUGUUACGUAUGUUUCCAUAUUCUGUAAUGAACUUAUUUCCCUCCUUCAUACGUUUGUAAGAUCAGUUGAAUUUUGAGAAAUCCGUUUUCAAUGGUGAACCAUUUUUGCUUGGUUCCCACUCUUGAUUUUUGCUGAAGGUGCUUUUUAUUAGGUGGAGGUAGAUUGUAUUUAUGUGAAUUGAUAUUACAGCAAUUAUAAUACUUGCUACUUGCACCUGACUGCUUUUUUCUUUCUACCUAUAGUUAGACGUUUGAUUUAACAUUUUAUUUUUGUUUCUGUUAUCUACUUGGAAAUAUUUGACUUGUUAGCAUAUUUCUUUUUUUUUCCUGCUUUUGAAACAAACCAUUAUUUGUUAACAACUGUGAUUUUAUGACAUCACAAUACUUCACACUACCUGCUGUACCUGACAAACAUUUUCAAAUUCACCAAAUGGGUGGAGAGCAGGAAUCGCCACAUGAAACUAUGUAAAUAAUCCUAUAAUGCCUCUUCUUUCUAUUUGAUUUUUGCAAAGCUAGUUUAAAACAUUCAAAUUUGUCAUUGUAAGGAGUUAAUAAAGCUGAAUGUAAAAGGUAACUAUGCCCAAUUUGAAAAAAUUAGUCCAACUCAAUGAACAAUAAUUUCAGAAUUACGGAAUCUUAAAAGUUCGAUAUAAGUCCAAAACCAUGCAGUCUGUUUAAUUUAAGGUUUUGAUUUUCGACAUAUUAUAAUAAUAUUACAUGUUGAAAGUUUGGAAUAAACCGCUGUGCGUUUGCAUAUUUCAUUGGUCUGAUAUUUUAAUAUUAUCCUUAUAAACGCUUUUACUGUUUCAUCCAUUAUAAUCCUGUAUUAAUUUCGUCUUCGGUUUGGCACUGGUACCACAUGUUCAACCUGGAGCAAUAAUUUGUUGUUUUACAUAAAUUCGGACAAGUGUUUACUAUUUUAAAAUGGCCACAUUUAAUUUUCUUCAUAAUAUGCCUUCGCCCAGCUAGUCCGUGAGCCUCACUUGUAAACAAACAUUAUCGGUUUCGCUGAUUCUUGUAUUUUCGUUUAGAUCUGUUAUCAUUUUCCCUGUUUGUGGCCACUGCUUUUCAAAUAAUGUUUUAUUUAUUGUUUCACUGCUACAAAAGUUGCAAAUAAAAAAAAAUAAAAUGUUUUUAAGAAA